AUGGCGACGUUGUUUGAGACCUACGACGAGCUCGUCACCCCUUGUACCUACUACACGCUGACAUGGGGAGACGCCGAAGCGGCGGCGCCCAAGAAGGCUGCAGACGAUGAUGAUGACUUCGAUCUGUUCGGCGAGGACAGCGCGGAAGAUAAGGAGGCUGUGAAGAAGCUCGCUGAGGAGAAGAAGAAGGAGGCAGCUAAAAAGAAGAAGGUUGUUGUGAACAAGUCUAUGUUGGUCAUCGAAGUGAAACCCGCCGAUGCCGAUACAGACCUCGAUGAUGUCUGCAAGAAGGUUAAGGCGAUUCAGAUGGAGGGCGUCACAUGGGGAGAGGGCAUGAAGAAGGUUCCCGUCGCAUUUGGACUCUUCAAGCUUCAGGUGCAAUGCGUCAUUCUGGACGAUGUUGUCAACACAAACGCUCUCGUUGAUGAAAUUGAAGAAAUCGGAAUGACAGAGGAGGAGAAGCAGAAACGCCGCGAGAGGGAAGAUGCCGACGAGGAUGAGGACGAUGAAGAGGAAUGCGGUGGCCUUGUUCAGUCUGCCGAGAUCGUCUCCUUCAACAAGCUCUAG